AUGGUGUACUGGUUAACUGCCGGGUCCGGAGGGACGCGACAGGGGCUCGCGGGCGUUAAAAAAAGCCAGGGAAAGCGUUUCCUCACGCAGGUUCGGUUUCGGUUGUUUGUUUUGGUCGUUUCGGGGAAGGUAACGUGCGGUAGCGGGUUUUUCCCCCGCGUCGUUUUUCGCAGUAGGCCCCGCUCCCCUGACGGGCGUGUGUUCCCCGAGCAGGUCUCGGUGCUGUAUUUCGCCAGGAGCGCAGAGCUGGCGGGGCUGCGCUGCGAGACCCUCUCGGUGCCGCGGCAGAUCACGGCUCUGCAGCUCUGGGAGGAGAUCGUCAGGCUGCACCCCAGGCUUGCUGUCAUCCGGGAUCAAGUGGUUUUUGCUGUUCGGCAGGAGUACGUGCUUCUUGGAGAUCAGCUCCUGGUCCUGCAGCCUGGAGACGAGGUUGCCAUUAUCCCACCAAUUAGUGGAGGCUGAAUCUGCUGAGAUUCUG